UUGCCAAUUUGGAUCUUCUUCUUGAUACCUUUGAUGUUUGGUUGAUUGCAUUUGGGGUAUUAUGUUCAUCUGCGUGAAUGUGCCGGGUGGAUAACUGAACUCAACAUUUGUGGCUUAUUCUGCCUGGUGGUGAUUCUCGAUCUCUAAAUUCACUGGCUGCUACAUGAAGUGCUUGAAGUGACAUAAUUUACUGAAAGUUAACCUAUGGGGACAAGCAAGCAGAAUAUUGGUCCAUUAUUUGAUUCUCUCAAAAUGGAAAGGGUUAGGAAUCUUAGGACAAUUUUGACUCACAAGUACCCUUAUCCACAUGAACAUACUAGACAUUUAAUGACUGCAGUAGUUGUGGGUUGCUUAUUCUUCAUCUCAUCCGAUAACCUGCAUACCCUUGUGCAAAAACUGGACAACAAUAUUAAGUGGUGGUCCAUGUAUAUCUGUUUGUUCGGGUUUUUCUAUUUCUUUUCAUCUCCAUUUAUUGGAAAGACUAUUAAACCAAGCUAUUCAAAUUUUAGCCGCUGGUAUGUUGCAUGGAUCUUCAUUGCAGCUUUGUAUCACCUUCCCAGUUUUCAGUCAAUGGGAGUGGAUAUGAGGAUGAAUCUUUCUCUUUUUCUUACUAUAUAUGUUUCAUCUGUGCUUUUCCUUAUUGCCUUCCACAUUGUAUUUCUUGGUCUCUGGUAUGUUGGCAUUGUUGCUCGUGUAGCUGGAAGGAGACCAGCAAUAUUAAAAAUCAUCCAAAAUUGUACGGUCAUCAGCAUAGCAUGCUGUGUUUUUUACAGCCACUGUGGUAAUCGUGCUAUUUUAAGAGAAAAAUCCUUUGAUAGGAGAAAUUCUGGCUGGUUUUCUUUCUCACCUUUCAAGAAGCAAGAUAGAAAUGCUUGGAUAUCGAAGUUCCUUCGAAUGCAUGAGUUGAAAGAUCAAAUCUGUUCAUCUUGGUUCGCACCAGUUGGAUCUGCAAGUGAUUAUCCUUUUUUGUCUAAAUGGGUUAUUUAUGGGGAGUUAGCUUGUGCUGGAUCAUGUGGUCCAUCGGAUGAAAUUUCCCCUAUUUACUCAUUGUGGGCUACGUUCAUUGGUCUUUACAUGGCGAAUUAUGUGAUAGAGCGAUCAUCAGGAUGGGCUCUCACUCACCCUCUAUCAAUAUCAGAAUAUGAGGCAUUGAAGAAGCAAAUGAAACCUGACUUCUUAGAUAUGGUUCCUUGGUAUUCUGGAACGUCAGCAGAUUUAUUCAAGACAGUGUUUGAUCUAUUGGUGUCCGUAACAUUGUUUGUUGGACGAUUUGAUAUGCGUAUGAUGCAGGCUGCCAUGAAUGAGGUUCAAGAUGAGUCUAAAGAUGGUGACCUGUUGUAUGAUCAUUUUAGCAGCAAAGAUGGUCUUUGGUUUGAUUUCAUGGCAGACACUGGCGAUGGUGGAAAUUCAUCCUAUACUGUAGCUCGGCUUCUGGCCCAGCCUUCACUCAAGGUUAAAUCUGGUGGCUCCACGCGUACUCUUCCUCGUGGAGACCUACUUUUAAUUGGAGGAGAUCUUGCGUAUCCUAAUCCUUCUGAGUUCACAUAUGAGAGGCGCCUUUUUUGCCCGUUUGAAGCCGCUCUCCAGCCUCCUUCCUGGUAUAAAAUUGAGCAUAUAGCCGUGGACAAACCAGAGCUUCCUUAUGGGAUAUCACGAUUGAAGGACUAUGAUGGUCCUCAAUGUUUUAUAAUUCCUGGCAAUCAUGAUUGGUUUGAUGGGCUUCACACAUUUAUGAGAUAUAUAUGCCAUAAGAGCUGGCUGGGUGGGUGGUUUUUGCCCCAGAAAAAGAGCUAUUUUGCCCUGCAACUCCCGAAAGGAUGGUGGAUAUUUGGUCUUGAUCAGGCUCUCCAUGGUGAUAUUGAUGUGUACCAGUUCAAAUUUUUUGCGAAGUUAUGUGAAAGUAAGGUUGGAGAAAAUGAUUCUGUGAUUAUUAUGACACAUGAACCAAAUUGGCUUCUUGAUUGGUACUGGAAUGAUGUUAGCGGGAAAAAUGUAUCUCAUUUGAUUCAUGAAUACCUUAAAGGACGAUGCAAACUUCGCCUGGCAGGGGACUUGCACCAUUACACGCGACAUUCUGUUGUUCCAUCAGAUAAGCCAGUGCAUGUUCAGCAUUUACUUGUCAAUGGUUGUGGUGGGGCCUUUUUGCACCCCACGCAUGUCUUCAAAAAUUUCAACAAGUUCUGUGGAGCUUCUUAUGAGAGCAAGGCAGCUUAUCCAUCUUAUGAUGAUUCAAGCAGGAUUGCGCUCGGUAAUAUUUUGAAGUUCCGAAAGAAGAAUUGGCAAUUUGACUUCAUUGGCGGGAUUAUAUACUUUGUUUUGGUCUUCUCUAUGUUGCCUCAGUGCAAUCUCUUCCAAAUUUUGCAUCAAGACUCCUGGUCUGGCCGCCUCUCUAGUUUCUUUAGUACAAUGUGGGAUGCUCUUGUAUACAUGCUAGAAAGCUCUCAUGUGUCUUUAAUAGGAACCCUUGUAUUGAUAAUGGCAUCAAUAUUCUUUGUGCCACCCAAAUUGUCAAGAAAGAAGAGGAUCACAGUUGGAGUUCUUCAUGUUCUCGCACAUCUGACUGCAGCAGUAAUUCUUAUGCUGCUUUUGGAGUUGAGCAUUGAGAUAUGCAUUCGAAAUCGGCUGUUGGCAACUUCAGGUUAUCAUACUUUAUACGAAUGGUAUCGGUCUAUGGAGCGGGAACACUUCCCAGAUCCUACUGGACUUCGAGCACGAAUAGAACAAUGGACAUUUGGGCUUUAUCCUGCAUGUAUAAAGUACCUCAUGUCUGCUUUUGAUGUUCCUGAGGUUAUGGCUGUCACCAGAAGCCGAAUAUGCAAGAAAGGGAUGGAAUCCCUUUCCCGAGGUGGUGCAACGAUUUACUACGGCUCCGUCUUCCUUUAUUUCUGGGUCCUGUCAACCCCUGUUGUAUCAUUGAUAUUCGGCAGUUACUUGUACAUCUGUAUCAAUUGGUUCCACAUACACUUCGAUGAAGCCUUCUCUUCCCUACGGAUCGCAAAUUACAAGUCAUUUACCCGGUUCCAUAUCACCGAAAAUGGCAACCUUGAAAUCUUCACUCUUGCAGUAGACAAGGUACCGAAAGACUGGAAAUUAGAUCCUGAUUGGGAUGAGGAGCUGAAGAGACCGCUGCAGUUGAGCCAUUACCGGAAAUACCCAAGCAAGUGGAGAGCUGCCUCAGCAUCUGACCCUGUCAACACUGUCCGAAUUGUUGACCAUUUUACCAUUGAACUGACAACUAAGAAUGCCAUUUCUGAAAAUGGAAGUUAAAUCUUGUAUUUCUUACUGUUGUUGUAUAGUAAAUUGAUGACUGUCAUAUUCAGUAAAGCAAAAAUUAGAAUGAAGAAAGGAAGUAGCUGAUCAAGUUCUAGUUGAAA